GGGGUGGAGAGGGAAGGGAGGAGGGAUGGGGGAGGGAAAUAGGGAGCGAGGUGUCUCCCUAGCUCGCUGCCUCUGGCAAGUGGAGUUUUUAAAAAGCUCGAGCAGAUCAUGUCAUGACGACUUCGCUGCUCCUGCAUCCACGCUGGCCGGAGAGCCUUAUGUACGUCUAUGAGGACAGCGCGGCGGAGAGCGGCAGCGGCGGCGGGGGAGGAGGUGGUGCGGGAGGAACGGGGGCCGGCUGCAGCGGAGCCAGCCCCGGCAAAGCCCCAAGCAUGGACGGUCUGGGCAGCAGCUGCCCGGCCAGCCACUGCCGCGACCUGCUUCCGCACCCGGUGUUGGGCCGCCCGCCUGCUCCUCUGGGAGCCCCUCAGAGCGCCGUCUACACGGACAUCCCGGCCCCGGAGGCGGCGCGCCAGUGCGCCCCGCCGCCGGCGCCCCCCACUUCGUCCAGCGCCACCUUGGGCUAUGGUUACCCAUUCGGGGGCAGCUAUUACGGUUGCCGCCUGUCGCACAACGUGAACCUGCAGCAGAAGCCUUGCGCCUACCACCCGGGCGAUAAGUACCCGGAGCCGUCGGGCUCCCUGCCCGGAGACGACCUGUCCUCCAGGGCCAAGGAGUUCGCCUUCUACCCCAGUUUCGCCAGCUCCUACCAGGCGAUGCCCGGCUACCUGGACGUGUCGGUGGUGCCUGGGAUCAGCGGGCACCCGGAGCCGCGUCACGACGCGCUCAUCCCGGUCGAAGGCUACCAGCACUGGGCUCUCUCCAAUGGCUGGGACAGUCAGGUGUACUGCUCCAAGGAGCAGUCGCAGUCCGCCCACCUCUGGAAGUCUCCCUUCCCAGAUGUGGUUCCCCUACAGCCUGAAGUGAGCAGCUACCGGCGCGGGCGCAAGAAACGUGUGCCCUACACUAAGGUGCAGCUGAAGGAGCUAGAGAAGGAGUAUGCGGCUAGCAAGUUCAUCACCAAAGAGAAGCGCCGGCGCAUCUCUGCUACCACGAACCUCUCGGAGCGCCAGGUCACCAUCUGGUUCCAGAACCGCCGGGUGAAAGAGAAGAAGGUGGUCAGCAAAUCGAAAGCGCCUCAUCUCCACUCCACCUGACCGCCCACCCCGCAGCCCGCCCCGUCUAUUUAUGUCGCCGCUUUGUACCAUAAUCGAACCCACGAAGGACGCUGCGCCCAUGCAGUAUUUAAUGUUAACAAGAAAGAGGACCCCGCGCCAGGAGGCCCAGAGUCUCCGAGGUUGCGCUCUGCCUUGCCCUAAAUCCCCAUUCCAUCCCCGCCCCCUCUCCCAUCCAGGGGGUACUCACCGAGCUUCAGCUGUUUUGGAGCUGGCGAGGAAGGACGUGGGCCUCUACUUCUCUGGCUGUCUCCCUUUGCCUCACCAGAAAUAGAGGAAUGGCAGCGGAGAGCCCAAUCAUUCCAACCAAAGUAGGGUUGGUGGGGGGUGUCCCAAAUGACCCUAUCCUUGCCUCAUCCUAUGCCCAAGAUGGUAGAAGACCCUUCUUAGGGGUGUGGCUUGGGCACAGGAUCUGGUGAGUUUGUACUUCCCUUCCAGUUUCUCCUUUUCCCUCUCCCUCUUGCAUUCCAUAGGCAAGAUUUUCCAGUUACGAUUUUUGUGCAUAUUUUUAAAGUCGUGUUAAUAAUAUUGAUGAUAAUUAUUGGGGACCUGGCAGCUUGAUUGG